UUCUGGUCAUCAUCAAGAUUGCAACAGCAUUGACAAACCACCACUGUAAUAUUAGCACUAAACGUAAAAGGAUGGAACAGUACAGCCGACGUUACGAACGUCUGCUGGACUCUGUGGUCCUCCGUCGCCGCAGAAGACGGAGGCGUGCUGCUCAGGUACUGCAGAGUCUCCGCCGCUUCACCGAAGCUGAUGGCGUGGUGGCACUGGCGUCACUAAAGUGCGAUGCCCCCAAGCUUGUACAACUCGAAGAUUUCCUGGACGAGCUGGCACUGGUGUUGCACAACUACUUGUUCAGCAGCAAUGAGCACGUGGUUCGCGUCGCCCUGGACGUGGUACGCAGCGCCGUGGCGAGGCGCUGCCGUCGCCUUAAGCCUUGCAACCUAGAGCACCUUCUCGCCUCACUGCUGCGCACCCUGGUUUCUGCCUCGUCUUCCACCGUAUUCUUUAUGGCACGCAUGACUAUUCAGGACAUGCUUCGAGCCGAACCAGAACUUGCCUCGGCGGCGCUCUCCAAGAUUCUGGAGCACUGCGAGGCGCGGCAGGCAAUCGAGAUUUACAUGCAACUCAUCGCGUACGUGCUCGUCUCGGAGGACAUUCUGCUCUCGGUGCUCGACCGGCUGGUGGCCAUCACAAUACGGGACCUGACGCGUGACAGCAUGGCGCACAGGUUCUGCGCGUUCGAGGCCAUCUACUCGCUUCACUACAGGUACCUGAGUAGGCACGACCUCUUGACCUACGCUGAGCACGUUACGCUUCCAAAGGCACUGGUCGAGGCCCUGCGAAGGCGGCUGGCCCGCCGCUACGUGCCGCCCCUCAAGGCAGACACGCUCAGACCGGAGAUGAUGGCUGACGCUGACUUCGCGUGGAUCGCGCAUGGUCCGCAGCCAUCGAGGACGUCGCCUCAGGCUGAGGACGAAGGCGGCGAGAGAGAUGUCCGCUUUCGGCUUGGCAGCCCGCCUCCACCCACCUUUUAGCUUUCGGAGGACUGAAUUUGAAAAUUUUGUCUCAAUAAUGGAAUACACUGGACAUUUAGCUAAGUCACUUUCAUUCCGUGACAGGGUUAAAAAUAAUAAGUUGUGAUUUCUA